AGUGGACUAUGCUACGUAGUACCAGGUAUCUAAACUGUUCCAGUUCCAACAGUGGCCACUGGGCACUGGGACUGACCUGUUCAAUGUUCCGUUCACCAACGGAUGACCGAUUGGGAUUGGUUGGACGGGUAGCAAGACAGUCUCGUUACUCUGCAUCCAGUCUCUGCAGCCGUUGGAUCCAACCCGAUUACAUGGUAUGUACUGGGCAGAGGGUAUACUAUAGUACAUUGGAUGCCAUUUAUUAGUUGAGGAUCACCCAAGCCACCACCCUGCGCUUCCUGCCUUCGCCUCUUUUGUCUUUCCGACUCUUCAACAAACCUUAGGACUCGGACACAUCACGUCCUGAAUCGUGUUUUGUUCGUCGCCUGUGUCAACUAUCUGUCGGAAGCGAAAAAACAAUCCAUAUCUAGGAAUAUUCAACUGGGCUUGUGUUCAUCAUGUCCCAUUCGAACCAUUCCAGUUUGGUUCAGAGGUCGACGGCUUCGUCGCCCUCUGGGGACAAGGAGAAGAUGACUUACACCGACGUCGACCUCGAGCGUUCGAACACGCACAUCCGCGGUCUAGAGACUUCGGCCGAGACGUCGCUGCACCGUGGUCUUAAGGCUAGACAUAUUACUAUGAUUGCCAUCGGUGGUGCUAUAGGAACAGGUCUUAUCAUCGGAACCGGAAAGGCUCUCGCGCAAGCCGGACCCGGAUCUAUCUUCAUCUCCUACUCGAUCGUCGGUUUCAUCGUCUACCUGGUUAUGGCUGCUCUUGGUGAGAUGGCCGCGUGGCUCCCUAUGUCUGCUGGUUUCACCGGUUACGCUUCUCGGUUCUGCGACCCGUCGCUUGGUUUUGCACUUGGUUGGACUUACUGGUUAAAAUAUAUCAUCGUCACGCCUAAUCAGCUGACCGCCGCUGCUUUGGUCAUCCAAUUUUGGCUACCUCGAGAUCGAGUCAAUCCAGGUGUUUGGAUUACGAUAUUCCUCGUCGCAAUUCUCUGCAUCAACUACUUCGGUAUCCGAUUCUUUGGUGAAUUCGAAUUCUGGCUGUCCAGUUUCAAGGUUGUCGUCAUCGUCGGCGUCAUCAUCCUGGCCCUCGUUAUCGCAGCUGGUGGCGCUGAUGGAGACCCGAAGGGAUUCCGAUACUGGCAAUCGCCUGGUGCAUUUGCGCCGUACAUCUCUACCGGGUCGUGGGGCGAGUUCCUCGGCUUCUGGUCUACCAUGGUGACGGCCACCUUCGCCUAUUUGGGUACCGAGCUUGUCGGUGUGACGGUCGGCGAGGCUCAGAACCCGCGAAAGACUAUUCCCCGCGCUAUCAGACUCACCUUCUACCGUAUCGUCUUCUUCUACUGCAUCAGUAUCUUGUUGAUCGGCAUGUGCGUGCCCUACGACUCCAAGGAGCUCGCGUUCGCCAAUGGCAACACCGGUACCGCCAACGCAUCCCCCUUCGUCGUCGCCAUCAAGCUUGCGCAUAUCCCCGUCCUGGACCACAUCCUCAACGCCUGUAUCUUGCUGUUCGUGUUCUCGGCCGCUAACUCCGAUUUGUACAUCGCCAGCCGUACUCUCUACGGUCUAUCGUCCGACGGCGCUGCACCCUCUAUCUUCCGUAAGACCAAUGCUAACGGCGUGCCGCUAUACUCGCUCAUUACGUCGGCUGCCUUCGCUCUUCUCGCGUACUUGAACGUGUCGGACGACUCCAAGGCUGUGUUCACGUACUUUGUCAACCUAACCACCAUCUUCGGUCUACUAACCUGGAUCUCGAUCCUCGUAACGCACAUCUCGUUCGUGCGCGCACGCCGCGCCCAGGGCCUCACCAACGACAUGAUGCCGUUUAUUGCGCCGCUAGGUCUAUGGGGCUCGUACGGUGCGCUCGUCAUGUGCAUCAUCAUCGCGCUAACAAAGAACUACGACGUCUUUGUCGGCGACUGGAACAAGAAGUACCCUACCUUCAUCACCGGUUACCUAGGCAUCCCUAUCUACCUCGCCCUCAUCGGUGGCCACAAGGCGUGGACCAAGAGCAAGGGUGUCCGACCCCACGAGUGCGACUUCUACACUGGAAAGGACAUCAUCGACAGGGAAGAGGAAGAGUUCCUAGCUGCCAAGGCGGCGGCUAAAGCAGCGAGACCCGAGGGCGAGGAAAAGAACAUCGCUUGGUUCUACAGGAGGUUCGUCUCUUGGCUGUUCUAAGUCACAGGCGCUUUCUACGCAACGACGAGCAACGGAAACGGGAUCGGGAAUUUUUUGGACCGGGGCAUGGGGGUAUGGGAGGAGCGUAUAUCAUCAUUUAUUGCUGCUACUUAUCAUACCGGCAUUGGAAGAUACCUAUUACUUUUUUUGUCGCUCUGUUUUGUAUAUAUACUCUAUCAUCGAUCUACAGAUGGCUCAAACGCUGCAGAUGAUCUACCUGAGCGUCUUGGGCGUAAUGAAGGGGAACAAAUAUUUUAUUAAUUUUGGUAUAUAAGUACAUAGACAUACAUAUGUAUAUAUUUUACCUGCA